AUGGAUUACGUUAAUCUUUAUUGUAGAUGCUGGUCCAAUAGCCCCGACCAGCGUCCAAAGUUGGAUAUUAUUUUAAAAGAAUUCGAGAGUUUAUCAUCAGAUAUAUCUAUUGAAUUCAUUGAGAACAAUAUUAAAAUCAAAUAUAUCGAAAGGACAAAAGGUGAAGAUGUCGACCCGAGUUUAAAGUCUACUAACGCUGGGCUUUCUUCUAAAUUUAAUCCAAUAAUCAAGGAAUUCUUCAAAACAUAUAAAGAAAUUAAUGAUAUUUGCAUAACUGCAGAACAUUACAAGCGGACAUGUCGUGCUCUAUCGGACAGGGUUAGAAAGGCAGACGAAGCCAUACGGGAACUAGUAAAGCAGGACGAUAAUGUAACAUUUUUUAAUAAAAAAAAUUUAGUAGCGUUUAGAGGAUUUUUCAACACGGUUAAACGGUUGAAAUUCACUUUUGACGGGCACAUGAAAGGUCUCGGUUUUUCGAUUUCUACUGAAAAUCAACUUCAGACAGAGAAAGAUAAUGAAGCGCUAAAAAAAGAUACAGAGUCCUUUAAAGAGUACUUGGACAAAAUCGAUGGCGGUAUCACGGAUCUUGAUCAUAAAAUUAAUAGUAAUGUUGGCGAGAUUUUUGCACUUAAAUAUACUUUUGAAAAACAGCAAAACAUGCAUUAUAACGACCAAUUUCAAAUCACUGACAUAAUUUGCGAUGAGUUUUUGAAGAUAGAAGAUUAUAAUCCUCCAGAAACUUCUCGUGGAAAAGUUGUAAAACGAACUAGAAAAAUUGACGACAAACAUGCAAAGAUUGCAUAUUUUGGACUAAGUAGAGAGUUUGCCAAUGCCACCAGAAAUAUUGGUUUUGACAUUCAAAGUAUUCGAUAUAUGGCACCAGAAAAAUUGCUUAAUUCUAAACAUAAGUAUGAUAUUAAAUGCGAGGUGUACAGUAUGCUUCUUUGGGAAAUUGCAGAACUAAAAAUUCCAUAUGAAGAUGAAAUCGAUAUUUCAAAAAUUUAUGAUAUGAUUACCAAAGAACAAUGUCACGAAAAAUUUUCUCACCGUGGAGUUCCUCAAGAAUGGAAAGAUUUAAUAAAAGAAACGUGGCAUCAGAAUCCUAAAUUUCGACCAUCCUUUGCUGAUAUAUUUUUAACUAUUCAAAAAUUAAGCGAACAAAAAAUUAGUUUAUUUGAUACAAAUGUCAACCCAACUGAUGAAUUCCAUAAUCAAGAAUCUGAAACAUAUUUAAAUUUUGAUGAAUUUGAUGAUAUGUCUAUUGAAGAAGCAAUCGAAGAAUUUUAUAAAAAUGAUGGUAAUAAAUUAAAUGCCUGGAAAUGUUUUGAUGCAUAUGCAAAUAUAGGCGAUUUUACUGCAAAAUAUUGGAAGGCCUAUUUUCUUUACUAUAAUAUUCUUAACUGGCCAGAAUCUGAAAGAGAAAUGCGUGAGAAACAAGCAACUCAAUUAUUUAAAGAAGCAGCAGAUGUUGAUAUAGUAGAUGCACAACUGAUGUAUGGUGACUGUAUGUAUAAUGGUGUUGGAGAAAAUAAAGAUACAGUUAAGGCUGUAGAGUAUUACAGGAGGGCGGCUGAUAAUAAUAAUCCGAUUGCGAUGUAUAAAGUGGGAAAUAUUUACUAUCAUGGAGAUGGUGUUAAGAAAGAUUUAAUAAUAGGCGAAAAUUUUUUGAGGUUAGCUGCUUAUAAUCAGCAAAAACAGGCAAUGGAAAUUUGUAAAAAAUACGAUAUUAAACUUUAA